GAAGGGCAGAGUGGAGGGCAGAAAGGCAAGGAGAGUGGGGGGGAGAGUGGGGGGGAGAGUCUAUCUGUUGAGCUUACAGGAGGUACUUUAUCAGUAACAGCGGAGCAAGCCUCUCCACCUCACCCUCCUUCGCCUUCCCCCCCUCCCCUCUUUGGAAGGGAUUUCAAAUGCGACCGGUGGCAGCACUUCAGGUUCUUGGUCUGGGAGCAAGGGGGAGGAAGAACUAGUGGCAGCGGUACAGGCGAGAAUCGCAGAGAUUGCGGAAUCUCUGUGCAACUGCUGCUUCCUCUUCGGCUCUCCGGCCUCACUUGCUGCAUGGGCCACACCAUGGUUACCAGCAACAGGGUUACCACAUGGCGAGUAACCAUGCCCAUGGGGCUGCAGAGGAUGGGGGAAGCUUGCCCUCU